AGAACCAUUAAGUUGUGUGUGUUGAGUUAGAAAACACGUUACGUUUGGCUGGUAUUAGUUAUUAGGAUAGUACUAAUAUAUUACUGUUUAUGUGAUCAGGUAACUGGAUUGUAAUUUUAAUUGCACAUGUGUAUGUUUUUAACAACUUGUUUAACUAUAUUGUUAUGAAAUUCGAAGAUGGGCCAGUGCAUUUGACGCAUUCUUUUAGCUGUUACUACUACCAGGAAUAAUAAUAUGCAUAAUACAACAUGUGAAAAAUUAUUGGACCGCUGUUACUUUUUAGUUGCACUGUUUUACUUUUACUGAUAUUGCUCAGGCUGGUCUUUUACUUUAGUUUUAAUGCCCAGAUUAAAAGCCAAUUUUCCAACAAAUAUGGGAUAGAAUUAUCCACAAAAACAGCAGAAUCUGAUCAAGAAAAUUAUGAGACUUGUUGUGAUUAAAGCAGAUGACAUCAUCUCAUGAUCUCUGUUCCCUGACAGCAUUAGUCAGCUAUCAGAUUCACUUGAUGUCAUACUUCAGCCAGCAAAGGAUAUUCCACUUCUAACUGGUUUAACCCAGGUUUAAAAUAAAAUGAAAUACCCUUGUGGACAGAAGACUUGAUUGAACAAGCUCAUCAGAUGUUUUAAAGUGUUGCAGUGAAGGAGUUAUCCCAUGAAAUACUGAAGAAAGGAAAAUAUUUUUCUAAAAGUUAAUGUUAGAACAUUUAAAUUUGUUUGGAAAAAUCAUUGAUGUUCUGAUUUUAACUGUAUAUCUUAAGGUAGCCAUGGCAUUUGUAAACUAUGAAGGCCCGUCUUUAAAAUUAUGCUCUAAACAAGAAGAUAAUGAAAAAAGGUAUUUAGAUUUUUUAGUUAGAGAUUGUAAAUGUCAACCCAGGGAUCAAUUUAAAUAUGUUGACUAAGCUUUUAUCUGAAGCAUCACAAGAAUUGCUUGACUUGUAUGGAAGAAGCAAACAGUCUGUCAAAACUUUUCUGAAUAAUCAUCCUGAUUACUUUCUUUGUAAGAAUAAAAAAGUUUUUAGUGUGAGAUCACAAAACCUCUUUUUAUAUGAGUUGGACAGAAAAAAGAAUAAUCCAGCAUCACCAAAUUUACUUCGUACAACAAUUGUGAAUGAUGAAAUUCAUGUUGAAAAAGAAUUGUAUAAUUUGUUUGAAGUUCAUGGUGUUAUUAGUAUCCUAUUUCCCACCUUUGGUUUCAUAAGAGCUGAAUUUUCAAAUACAGUCUUUGUGUAUUUUGAUGGAGCAUCUUUUGAAGGUGGAAAACAACGGAGGUUAACUGACGUGAAACUUAAAAUUGGCCAGAAAGUAUACUUCAGUGCUAAGAGAAGAAAUGCUAAAGUAGGAGCUGAAUAUCGAGCUGUUCUUGUUUGGAGACCUGAAAAUUUUGAGUAUUUUAGAAAUAGAGAGAAACCUGCUAUGUAUAUCUGUGAAGAAUUUAAUUCAGAUUUAUUAAACCAGUGGAAUGAAGGUUCUUCAGAGUCACCAGUGCAAACUAACUUUACCUGUGUUUAUGGAGCAAAAGGAUCUGUACAAAAAGUGUUUGAUGAUUUUGGUUUUAUUAAAUGGCAUAAUGAAGAACUUGUAUUCUUUGAUAUGAACUGUCUACAAACAAAUGAAAUACCUGUUUUCAACACUAAAAAUUUGCUGAAACCUGGCCAGGAAGUGGUGUUUGAUGCUAAGGCAACAGAAAACCAAAGAGCAAAAUGGGAAGCCACAACUGUUUGGUUAGAUGUAUCAGAUUUCACAAGUCAGAACAGUCUUGUAGAUCCUGAGAGUGAUGAAAUAUAUGUGUCUGAUAAUACAGAUUCCAGUAGUAAUGAUAACUCCUGUGAAGUAGAUUUUUCAGAUUCUCUUUCAAUAAUAGAAACACAAAAAGAAGAAAAAGAUAUACAUGACAAAUGUAGCUCUUGGAAAAACUGGGAGACAUUAGAAAAUCAGACAGGAAAAAUACAUCCUAAACUAGAAACAGAAGGUAUUAUAAUUUUUGGGAAAUACAUGACAGAAGAAACAAUAGCUCUUGUUGAAGUAGUGUAUAUUAAAGGUUCCCAAGCUCAAAAUUUGAUAAGAGAUGUUCAAGAUGGUACAAUAGUUCAUUUUGAUGCAAUAAAAGAUAAAGUAUGUGGAGGUACUUGGAAAGCAAGCUUGGUCUGGAUUGGAAAGAAACCAAAACUGAAUAUUCCAAAUCCAUUAAAAGACAAAACUGCAUUGAAAAAACUAGAAGAAAAGUACUUAUCAAGAGAGAUUAAAAGUUGUUCUCUAACUCCAGACAUUAGUGAAGUGCUGAGAAUAAAACAAAUAGUUUCUUUAAUGUCAACCACUGCCACGAUAGCAGAUGUUGAAAACAAGAAAACGGAUGUUUCAAAUGGUCAUGAGCUUGAUAAAAAAAGUAUAUGCACUGAGGUUGGUGAAAACAUGUAUUCUGAUGAAACUUGUUCAUUUCAGAACUGCACUCCAAAAGUGGAAAUUUCACAAAAUUACACUUACGAUAAUCCAGCAGUCAAAACUAAAGUUGAAGAAACAUAUUUUAAAUCAAGACCAUUUAAAAAUGAUUUUCAGUCUAAGGGAGUACAAUUUUCUGGAGAACAUACCUAUAACAAUUUAUUUGAUAAUGAUGACCAUUAUACUGGAAGUCAGUGUGUUUCUGAAGUUAAAACAUUUACCCAGUGUAACAAGUUUUCCAGUGAAAGUUUAAAAGAAGAUAUUGGCCUGACUUUGAAAAUGCCCUCCAUAGGUGUUAUCAAGUACAGUAUGAUAAUUGAAGACAAGCAUACUAUGAAUUUUUCAAAACCAAAACUAAUGCAAUAUUUUAAUCUUACUGGGACUGUGAAGCUAAUCUUUGAUUAUUUUGCAAAUGUUUACAUUGCUCAAAUUGAAAGAUGUCUUCCAGUGUUUUGGACAGAUUUGUACGUCAACAGAGAACGAGCUAGUGAACUCUACAUUUCUUUGAAAGAUAUCUUGAAUUUUGAUGAUCCAGUUUAUUUUAACUAUAUAGAGGUGUUAUCAAACUGUAUAAAGUGGGGAAGAAUAACUUUAGCAUGGAUAGGAAAGAAACCACAAAAUGUUGAUAAGCUAAAUGAAGAAGAAGUCUUGAAUGAAUUUGACUUGGAGAUGGAUUCAUUAAGUGACAUUAAUAAUAUUAAAGACUUGUCUGAACAAACUGAAAAUAAUACAUUGCAUGAUAAGACAGUUAAAGGAAUGCCAGUGAUAGACACUUGUACCACACUGUCAAAGUCACUUUCUCGAGAAAUUAGUUCACCAAGAAGUACCAAUGUAGACAUGAACAUUAUGUCAAACAAAAAAAUAAGUUGUAAUUCUCUAUCAUAUAAAACAGCUUCAGAAUCUAGGAGAAUAAUAAAUUCUGGAAAUUGUUUUCAUCAAAACAAUGUAUCAGAUUUCGAUAUUGAAGUGUCACUAACACCUGGAACAAAAAGUAAUAGUGACUUAACAGCAUUGAAUACAUCUGAUUCAGGCAACGAUACUAAAUAUGCAAUUAAAACACCAAGAACAGAGAAUUUGUCAGACAGUGUUAAAUAUAUUGAAGUACCAGAGACAGUCAGUCAACUUGAUUUUGGAAGUAAUUCUUCAACACUUCAUACACUUGAAAAAGUAAAUCUAGAUAAUGUUAAAACUGAUUUACCACUAUCAUCAGUAGUAAGCACCAAUUAUAUGUUAUCAGUGGAACCUACCAAAAAAAUAAUUCAUUCCACAGAUAGUUUGGCAGUUACAAACUGUUUGCCAGUUAGAGAUUCAUUGAAUGGAGUACCAAACACUAAAAAUGAUUCAUCAGGAAAAAACAUGUUAAAAAAUGAAUUCUCAAAAAUGUUUAAUAACACAACUGAUUUUAUCACUAGAGAUUCUUUUGAAGAAAUUAUGAAAACUACAACAUGCUCAUCAACAAAAGAGCCAUUAGAACAAGUAACAAACACUACAACUAGUUUAAAAGUUGGGAAAUCAUCAGAAAUGUUGAACAACACAACUAGUUUACCAUCUAGAGAUGUGGCAAAAGAAAUGAGGAAAUCUACAACUUCCUCAUCAGCAAAUGUCUCAUUACAACAAGGGACAAACAAUACUGCUAGUUUUCUGUCUAAAGAUCUUCUAGAAAAAGUGAGGAAACCCACAACUUCUUCACCUCCAAGUGACUCAUUAGACCAAGGGACAAACACCAUAACUAGUGUACCAGUUAGAAACUCAUCAGAAGUGAGGAAAGCCACAAGUAAUUCACUGACAAACAAGAUUUUAGGAGAAUGCAAACUUAUGAACACCAAAUUUGGAUUACUGUCUGCUAAAUUGUCAGAAAAUAAAAUUGACAUCACAACUGAAUUACCAAAAGUUAAUCUUUCCAAAGAGAGAAGUAAAACAUUACUGCUGAUUUUAUCAAAGUUAGAUGAGACACAUGAACAAGUUACAUCACAAGACUCUUUGCUUAAGAUAGCUGUAGAAUUAGGCUCAUCUUCUGAUCAUCCAUGGUUUUCACAAAAGGAUAAGGAUAACUUUAGUGAUAACAUUGUAGGUUUGCUAACGUCAAAAGUUGUGCAGAGGGUGAUGGCCAAGUUGAAGCCCAGUGCUCAGCUGUCAAGAUCUUCCACUUGUGAUAUUACAGAAAGAGAGACUUGCAAUCAAGUAAAAUAUUUGGGAAAGUGUGAUGUAGAAGUACAAACAGAAAAAAAUAGUAACUUCUGUGAUAAAGAGUGUCAAUCAGAAGCAAGUGGAAAUAUAUUUUUCUCAAGCAUUUACAUUGAAUAAUCAGUUUAAAAAAGUUGCACCAGACAUUGAAAUGUUUAGAAUAAAAUAAAG